AUGGAGGAUGGCCAAGAGCCGUACACAAACCAGAUGUACCCUCUGCCAUCCCAAUCGACAAGCUACAAGCUCGCCUCGAACGAGGACAACGAAGAUUUGAACUGGCCCGAGGGCGUCAACAUUGACCCCUUGAUAGCUGCGAUAUAUCGCAACGCAACGAAGAGCCCGCUUUGCGGGCUCCCUGACCACAUCUUGGUCAAUAUCAUGCAGCAAACGGAUCUGACGACCGCCUGCCAACUCCGCCGCGCCUCGCGAACAUUCAUGAGGAUCUUCUCUUCGAGGCUCUUCUCCAAAUGGCAUAGAAACGGCGACGGAUACGGCUUUUUAUGGAAAUCGCCUUUCCAAGCCAAGGGCUGGGUGAAAGCCCUUUCUUUCGCGGCGCCAGAGACGAGAGGAUUUUGCAGAGGCUGCAAAACCAACCGCUUGCCUAGAAGUUGGUCGUCUGAUCGCGCCAGAGCCUUCCUGUACUGUUCUGGCUGUGACCGACUCCAUCCGACGAGUGUCUUCUCCGUUGCGGAGCGCCAGAAGAGGUCACAUUCGAGAGUCUGUAUCGGUCGAGAAGGGCACAUACGCUUGUGCGAACACAAGACCUUCACAUGGGACGAUUUCGUGAGAGUAUCUUCGAACACGUCACUUCCGGCCUCGAGAAGAAAGAGUGUUUCUACCAUCACUUGUGACCAUGCUAGUCACAAAGAACGGUUUGAAGAGGUGAAGGCGGAAUUUCAACACACGAAGGGCAACGCUCCCUGGGCUAGUCAAGUGGCUCUUCUGAAGACAAGAAAAUAUUUGCGGUUCCCCAAUAGAAAAUGCCCGGUCACUGCUGUCGAAUUUCGACGCCGGAUUGCUGAGCUGCGAGAACUAUCACCUUGUUCAUGGUACCCUGAAGAAGGCCCCCAACGGUUAGAUCCUAUGCUAUGUUUUGACCCCAACUCUUGUCACUGUCUCCAUUACGAAGGUAUCGAGAGAUACGGGAUUCCAGUCCAUGACCGAGUGGCGAUCAAGAGUGAUGCGGCGCGCCGCCGUAAGUUUUCUAGAUAUCAUAUGGGUACCGAUGCUGACGGCAGGCUAGAUAGUCACAAGUUCUACCGAUGGACAACGGACGAAACUGCCUACUUUCAAGCCAGUUUCCGGAACUGUGGAUCCCAUAAACACUGCUGGGAAUUCACCCUUGAUCGCACGUUCGAUGCUUCGGAGGACUCGGGCCAGUUGAGUCCGUCUAGUCCCCAGUGGUACCUUGCGUUGGAUCCUGCGUCCUACAACCUGAAAGAUGACACUGAAUUCAAAGAGAUAACUUGGUGCGAAGAUCAGGCUUGCCGCAAUUAUUAUGGUCUCCGAGAACAUUCUAGCCUUGGAACAACAUGCUUGAAGGACCGGGAACUCGUUUAA